GACAGUCAGCUGAUGUUGACGGAGUUGACUUGAGUUAUUAUUGACAUUUUGCAAUUCUGUUCAAUAAUUGUGAUUUAAAAAAAAUGGUGUUUUUAUAUAUUGGAGAAUAGUGGAUAUAGGGGUCAUUUAUUAACAGCUUUCAAAUAUAAACAUCAUUUUAAAUAGCUUAACGAUCCCCGUGUUAUUAUACCAUGUCUAAUACAGACGAUGUUCCAGGAAAGGAAUGUGAAAAUUCGAGUAAUACUAGCAUAAUUCGUCGAAAAAGAUUUAUAAAAUGUGCCCAACAAACUAUAGAUCACGCGUCGGAAUUACUUAAAAAGAAAAUUCCUUGUGCUGGAUAUUUUUUGGCACCAAAAAGAUUAUGGUUAAAAAGAGUAUCAACUCCAAAUUGUGAUGUUGUCGUAACAUUUCCUCCCAAUGCUGAAGAUCAAUUUUUGCUGUGGCUUUUAGCAAAAUUAAGACAGUUUCAUGGAUUGACUGUACAUGUGAGACAUCAUGCUUCAACACAAAGUAGUGCUUUUUAUCUUUCUGCACCUCUUUCUGUGUUACUCAAAGCUGCAGAAGAAUAUCACUUACCAAAAAGAUUAAAACAAUGCAAGGGAGGCGGUUUAAAAGAAUUUUUUGUCCAAGAAUUUCAAUCAUAUGAAGGAUCUGACAAUGAGGAACAGUUUUUUACUACUGAAGAAAGACAAUGGCUGGUUCUUCGUUUGUUAGAGGGUAUCAGGGCUAAAAAAGAAGAAUUAAAUACAGUAAAUAACAUUACGCUGUUAGAAGGACAACCUAUUGUUCCAAAAUGUUUAACAGCAGGAUUAAUUUCACAAGUAUUUCCUCUUCAUGAACCUACAUAUUUGGAGAGAUUACAACAAAUAUGGAUUAGAGAUAUAUUUGCUAAGCAGCCUUUAGAUGAGAUAACUGAUUAUUUUGGUGUGAAAAUUGGAAUGUAUUUUGCUUGGCUUGGUCAUUAUACUACUGCACUGAGCAUACCUGCAGUAGUUGGAUUUAUUUUUUGGUUAUUUUGUAAUGGCAAACACCAAACUACGCAGGAUGUUGGUUAUGUGUUGUUUUCAAUCUUCAAUGUUGUGUGGGUAACAACUUAUCUUCAAGCUUGGAAAAGAUAUUCUGCAGAAUUGGCUUUUCGAUGGGGGACACUAGAUCAAAGAGAUGACUUGUUAGCUGAGCCAAGACCACUUUUUAGGCUACCGCGACAUGUUCUUAUUUGUUAUCAGGGCCCUUUGAAGCUCAGCCCAGUCACUGGAAGACUUGAGCCCCACCAUCCUGUGUGGAAAAGGCAUCUAUUUCGAUACUGUGUCUCUGUGCCUGUGAUUGCUGUCUCCUUACUUACAGUAUUUGUUGUUAUGAUUAUUUCUUUGCAAGUGCAGGACUGGUGGGAUGAGUUUUUAACCAACCGUGGAUUUCCACUUUGGCUAGGAUAUUUUCCGAAAAUUAUGUUGGCCGUUGUUAUAUCUCUCAUGGACGAGGCGUAUUUCAAGAUUGCUGUCUGGCUGAACGAUAAAGAAAAUUAUCGGCUUGAAACGAAAUACGAAAAUCAUCUGAUCGGCAAGGUUGCUUUGUUCCAAUUCGUCAAUUCUUUUCUGUCGUUGUUUUACAUUGCAUUUUACCUGCAAGACCAGGCUAGGCUUAAGGAGCAACUUGCCGCUUUGCUGAUAUCCAGACAAGUGAUUGGAAACCUGAAGGAAUCUGCAUUACCUUACAUGUUAGAGCAUUUGCGGUUAGCAAAAAUGAGCUUUGACAUGUGGGGCGCUCUAAGUCCUUUAGGCGCCAAACCAUUUCCAGGCGAAAAAGAAAAAUCCGAGGAUGUCUGUAAAACUAAAGGAAUGCAGGAAGAAGAAACCAGAGAUCAAGGGGAACCAUCGGCGAAAAGAAGUAUGAGCCAGGCAGAGUUAGAAAGUUCAUUAUACAAGCCCAAUUCCGGGUAUGAUGGGACUUUUGCAGAUUAUCUAGAGAUGACAAUUCAGUUGGGUUACGUAAUAUUAUUUUCUUCUGCGUUCCCACCCGCUGCUUUGUGUGCCAUGUUCAACAAUCUCGUUGAAAUUCGCAGCGAUGCUUUUAAACUGGCUUAUGUAUGUCAAAGACCUUUUGGACAAAGAGUACCUAAUAUUGGUACUUGGCAAAACUGUAUGGAGUAUAUGAGUAUUAUGGCAGUAUUAGUAAACUGUGCAUUAAUUGGUCUAUCUGGACAAGUACAUCGUAUGUUCCCAGAUAUGACUGCCACACAAACUAUUUUGUUAAUUGUAGCACUAGAGCAUAUAAUGCUGGUCAUAAGAUUUAUUAUAACAUGCGCUAUUCCUGAUAUUCCGGGUUGGUUGGCUACCGAAAUGGCUAAAAUUGAGUGGGCCAGAAGAGACGCUAGCAGAGUUACUAACACAGCUACACCUUCUCCAGAAGAAAUACAAGCAAAGACUAUUGGCAGGUUUUCGGUUUCUCCAAGCCAUAGUUUAUCUCAUGGCAGUAACGUCAAGAAAUCACAAGAAUUAAUCAGUAAACCGAAAGCAGAAACUCCCGAAUUCAAUAAGACAAUUUCUUCCAAUGUGACACCGGUUCCGUCGCCAACAACUCCCAGUACUUCCCAGAGUUCCAUAACUUCCAGUCAUAGGACACCGUUAGGCAUUACUCCCGAUAGUAUACAACAAAUACCGCCAUUUAGGCCAAGGAAGUCAAAAGAAUGGAUACCGGCAGAGGGAGAAUCUACUCAUCAUUUAACCAUUGGACCCAGCGGAGGUAUUGAAUGGGCAAGAAGAUUGAAAGAAGAUAAUGAAAUACAUCGAAGUACUGAUUGCAUUUCACCUAAGGACGCAUCAAGCUCGGAUACCGAGCUACACAAAGCGACCCCUAUGUGGCCUCCUAGACCGAGAUCUCCUCCAGAAAAUACAGGACCGAGAAUACGCCCUCCAAUUAUCCCUAUAGAUCCUUCUUUAAGUGAUAGCGCAAGAAGCAUUUCUAGUCAAGAAGCUGAUGAGACCGCUAAAGCAGCUGAAGAAUUAGCUGCUAAGAAGACCCGAGUUAAGCAAAGCCUGAUGAAACGGGCUCGAUCGGUUGCAAUAUUCUCGCUGAAACUGAAAGAAAGAAGAGCUAGGGAAGCACAAGAGAAAACAGCCAAAGGGCCAGUUACCCCUUCCACACCACUACCGCCACCCCAGUGUGGUGGAGGCGAGUUAUCCUGUAUACCAAUUGAGAAGCUAAUUCAACUAGAAGAUGUGCGACGUAACGUCCAGGCGGGAAAAAAUACAACAAAUCAGCCCGGUACGUUGUAGCCGCAUUAUUCGAUUACAGGGCAACUUUUUCAUAUAACCUUAUUUUAAUUUGGAUUUGAAAAUGUUUAUUAAUCCAAGCUGUAUUUAUGUUUAAAUAGCUGUCGUUCGUAUUGAGUUGUAUUUAUUGUACAGGGUACACUCAAAUGUAAGUACAACAAUAAGAAAAUUCUAAAUUUAGAUGUUUAAAAAAUACCAGGCUCUCAGAUAGCUCUCAAAUAUUUUAACAAUUUUGAGUAAAAAUACUUAAAAAACAAUAAAAUAAUGGAAAAAAUGUUAUAUUGAAAUAACCCUCUAGAAAUGCGAUUUUAUUGUACUUAUUUUGUGUUAGGCAUAUUUUCAAAAAAAAAUGAUAUGCAAACAUAUAAUCCAAAUCACUAACGAGAGCCGUGAUUACUAAAAUCUAUAAUAAAAAUGAUAAUAAUUGAAAAGAGCAAUAUAAACCAAUUGAUUUGUGUGUACUGUAAAAUUAAAUCGAUGUUUUCCCCAGAUUAAAUCACAUAUAAUAUGUAAUGCUUUAUCUAAUAUUCCACUAUAUUUAAUGAUAUAAUAUAUUGUUUAUACCAUUUAAAACAGUAAUAUUGUUAAUUCAAAGAAAUCGUAUGAUUAUAACAAACUGUUAGAUAAGAUUGUUUUAAAUUAUUUUUUAUAAUCAUAGUGUAUGUUAAAGUCGCACUAGAUAUAAGACUAAAGUAUAGAAUUAAUUAGGUGCUAUUGUCUCAAAAUUUAGCCCCAUAAGGUCAUACAUAAAUAAUAAACAUGUAGUGUAGAUUUUUCGA